AUGAGUGAGGAGUUGAACAAUGAGGGCAACAAGAAAAGUCAACCGCUGGCCGCCAGCAACGAGGCAGCCCUACUGGGAGCUGAGUGUGGCACACACACGGACAUCUCUACUAACACUUCACAGACUAAUGUGUCACAGAUGAAAUCAAGCUCUGCUCCGUCGGAGAGCAACAAGUGGCGAUGUGAGCUCUGUACCUAUGAGAACUUCCCUCUCUCACGCAAGUGUACAAUGUGUCGCACGCCCAAGCCCAGCCUGGGAGAGGACAUCUUCAAACUACAGGACGGAGCGAGUGCUCUGCCCACACAGGAUAUAUGUGGAGCCGAGGCUGUAGCGGAGAGACUGAAGCCUUUACGUAUAUCGUCGCCCCAAGGACAGGCCGGAGCGUCCGCCGUGGCCAAGUGGUCCUGUCCUACCUGCACCUACGAGAACUGGCCCCGCUCUCUGAAGUGCGCCAUGUGCGGCGCCCCGCCCCCGCACGGACAUGUUACAGUCACCAGGCAUCACGCAGGUCCUGUGGAGGGAGGCGGCACGGCGGCCGAGGACAGCGCGCGACGGAAGAGGAGACACGCGGACUGGAUCUGGCUGCAGGCCUGUCUGGGAGUGGUGGAGGGAGACGCGCACUGCGUGGAGGCCUACCUGUCGUCAGGAGGCGACCCGGCGAGGGCGCUGACCCCGCAGGAGGUGGCGCUGCUCAACCGCGCCUCCGCCUUCGACGCCGGACACACGCUCGUACACCUCGCCAUACGGUUCCAGAGACAGGAGAUUCUGUCGACGCUGUUGUCCCGGAUAUCCGGCGGCGGACCGGGCCUCAAGAGGUCGCCCUCGUAUGUCGCUCCCGACCUGGCGACGGCUAUAAGGAGACACAUCGCGGGCUGCAUCCGACAGAAGAAGGGCAACUUCCCGUGUCGAUACAUCAACGAGUUCUGCACGUUCUCGCUCCCGGCCGAGAUAGAGGAGCUGCCGGGAGCGAUCCAGGAGCAGCUGUUCUCGGAGCUGUUGGACCGGGACGCGCAGCACACGCUGGAGGGCGAGCCUCCUCUCAGUCGCUGGGGCGGGCCGCGGCUGCUGGCGCUCUGGAACCGCUCGGCCGGAGACUGUCUACCGGACGCCGUGUGUCAGGCGGCCUACGGAGUGUUCGACCGAAGAAACGUGCUGCGGGCCGCGCUCGCUGACUCGCUGCAGAACGCUCACCGCGCCUUCUACACGCGCUGGGCGGCGGCCGAGCGGCUGCAGGCCGCCCAGCUACACUACGCGCCCGAGGAGCCGCAGCUGAGGGCGGAGUGGGCGCGCCUAGUGGCCGCGGCCGCCCGCCCCGGCACCGCCCUGCACCAGCUGCACGUGUUCGUGCUGGCUCAUGUCAUGCGCCGCCCCAUAGUCGUGUACGGCGUCGACGUCGUCAACUCGUUCCGCGGCGAGGCGCUCGGGUACGCGCGCUUCCAGGGUAUCUACCUGCCCCUGCUGUGGGAGCCCGAGUUCUGCUCCAAGUCCCCGCUGUGCCUGGGCUACACGCGCGGCCACUUCUCUGCGCUGGUGUCGGUGGAGCCGUACUCUCAGCGCGACCACUACAUCUGCCGCGAGCCGGCGGACGAGCCCGAGGACGUGACCUACCUGCCGCUGACGGACGCGGACGGGAAGCUGCUGCCCGUGCACUUCCUGACGGUGGACGAGCUGGCGGCCGAGGAGGCGCUGGUGCGGCGCUGGACGGGCGCGAGGGGGGGCGGCGCGGCCGGCGGGGCGGGGGGAGCGCUGGUCGUGGAGCAGCGCCUGCACGCGCGGCCCCUGCUGCAGGCGCAGAUGCUGGAGGAGUGGCUCAACCACUACCGCCGCCUCGCACAGCAGACCCGCGCUCCGUUCCCUCCACGACUCCAAACGGAAUUCUCCAGCGACGCCGACACGGACGACGAGUAG